AUGAGGAGAAUUAGUCUACAGGAGAAAUUAAAUCCAAAUGGGUACACAUUGAGUAUGAUUAUAUGCCCAAAUACUAUACUGAAUGUUGUCUACAAGGACAUGAUGAAGAAAUUUGUUGGAUUAAACACCCAAAAUUAUAUGUCAAACAAAAGGAAGGAAAAAAAGGAAGAAGAAGAGAAGUACAAGCAAGAGAGUCAGACAAAAAAGUCUGAUAAUGCAAUAAAAGAAAGAAAUAACAAUCAUCAAUGGAUAACAAGGAAAAAUAAAUAUAAAAGGGAUAGAUUUGGCCAUAUUCUGGGUGAAGUGAAUGAGAUUACAGAAAAAGAAGUGCAGACAUCUAAUGCUUUUAAAGCCUUAAAAGGUGAAGAGGAAAAUCAGCAAAAUAACAAAAAUGUAGAGGGAAAUAUUAAUGUUGAUCACCAGAAAGAAGGAACAAAGAUGAGUACAAAAGAAUUGGUUAAUACAAGUUUUGAAAAAGGUAUAGAGAAUGAUCAAGAAGUAAGUAUAUCAGCUGAGAAAGGAGCUGAACAACAAAAUCAGAAUAACAGGGCAGACAAUAGGAAGGACAAGGAGCCACAAAGAGGUGAUCAGCAAGAGCAGAAUGAGAAAAAUAACCAGAAUGCAAUAAAGAAAGAAAAAAUAGCUCAUUUGAACAUAUGCAGAUGCAGGUUUUUGAUGAAGAAGUAA